AGAUUUUGAAAGGGUAAAAGAAAAGAAGAGAAAAGAAGCAGUAGUGUCAAAAAAGAAAAACACAAAAAAGCUUACCGCGCAUUCCGUUAACCCGCGUCUGCAAAACCAUCAUUAAAAUCUCUCCUCCGGCUCUGGCUUUCCCAACAAUGGAAGCAUUCAGCAUGCUCAGAUACUGGAAAGGUGGAGGCGGAGCCGCCGCCUCCGCCUCCGCCUCCAUCACAACCAUCAGCUGUAUGCCCCAGACGGCGCCUCCAUCUCAGUCUCUGCAAACAGAGGAGUCUUCCACUGAUGAGGACGAGGGUCCCUUUUUCGAUUUGGAACUAGCAUUGCCCGAUGAAGAUGACAGUGAACAAGAAGAAGAACAAGAAGAUGAGGGAUCUGAUAAUGAGAUCAAGGAGUUCGGGUUCACUCUUGGGGACUGCGGCUCAUCGGGCCAGUUGGAUUCUGGCCUCUCUCCAGCAGGAGAAGCAGCAGAGGACCUCUUCAUCAAGGGCCACCUGCUACAUCUCGGUUCCGAGAACAACAACCAAAGGCCACUGCAGUUCCCUGUCUCUCUUCUAAAAUCGGCUACCAAGUUCAGGGUGUUUAUGCUAGGGUUCAAGAAGCCAACAGCAAAGCAAUCAGAGCAGGCUGACUCCUCCUCCUCGUCGUCACAGAAGCAGCUGAGCAAACUAUUUACAGUGAAGUUCAAGGUGGAGGAGGUGCCCCUUGUGUCGUUGUUCACAAGAGACAGUUCGAGGGGAUCAAGCAAGCAAGCGGCAGUGCCAGCAGCGGCUGAGGCUAAUGGUUCUUCUUUGGAAGAGGAGGGAUCAGGUGGUUUGUCGGACAAGGAAGCAAAGCGAGCUAAGGACGUGGUACAAAAGUAUCUAAAGAUGAUAAAGCCUUUUUAUGUUAGGGUUUCAAAGAGAUACGGCGAAAAGCUUGGGUUUUCAGGCCAGUUGAGUCCUGGAAAGGCAGCUUCAGUGGUGGGAGAGGAAGAAAUGGAGGUUAAUAGUUGUGGUGAGAGAGAAGCAGCCGCUCCACCUCCACCUCCACCUCUAGUGGUUUCCGGACAAAAUGCAAAGACAAGCGGUUUUCCAGGGGGUUUUAGGAUCGUUUACAAGCAUUUGGGGAAGAGCCGCUCGGCAAAUAGUGCCGUGGGUCAGACUGUACAUUCGCAGAGGAGAGAUGACUCGUUGCUGCAGCAGCAGGACGGCAUUCAAGGUGCCAUUGCCCACUGUAAAAGGUCGUUCAAAUCUUCUAAAGAGGCAGGAGAGUCCGACUGUUGCGAUUCUGUCUUGGAUGAUCUUUCACUUUGUAUGCCUUCUCAGAAACAGCACGGCGUUUGUUAAUGGCGUUUCAGGUGACGAAAUUAGAAGAAGCCACAAAUUACUAAUGGAUCAUACGAAGGCAGACAGGGUUAAUGAGUCUUCCAAAUGGUUUUAUAAAAAAAGAUGUCUGAUGAGUGAAGACAAUAGCAGUGCUUAUGAUUUUAGUUUGUAAAUAUUUGGCAUAAAUAGUUCGUUCGAUGCUAAAAAAAACCGUGUUAACUCUGCAAGGUUUUUCCUGUAAAGGAUGGUGUUACGACUAUGGAAAUGUGGCAUUACUGUGAAAAAGGUCGCCACUUUUUUAGCGGGCCGCCUACAUGACAAAAAUUAUUAGAUAUUAAAAAAGUGAAUAUAUGGA